GCUAGUCGCUGUUUAUGUGGAGUUCAAACGGGAACUCUUUGCUGUACUCUUGCCAUCAACUAUUUUAUCCGUUUCCCCCCAUAUAUUAUUAUUAUAAGUGGUAAAAUAGUCAUGUCUCGGUUACUAUGUUUGUCACGGAGUCUCACGUGCACACAGUGUAAAUACAGUGUUCAGAAAUCCGAGCCCUUUGUGGGUUUGUUGACAUCAAGAGGGAGGUUCAGAGAUGAGCUGAUGAAGAGACUGAUUUCAUCGAGCAGAAGAGCCGUCCUCACACCCUACAACAGCCGACACCCGCUCUUCUGGCUGCUCGGUAUCGGGACGGGGUUUGUUCUGGCUCUAGGGCUCAAAUAUCGUGAUUCUGCGUCUGAACGCUGUGAAUGUGACGCACAGAAGACACUCAAAGUCUCCAGAUACAGCGGCGCUAUAGACACCAGCAGAGGCCUGCUGCAGCGGAUCAAGCAGGAUGAAGUUGGAGCUCCUGGGAUGGUUAUCGGCGUCUCAGUGGAUGGCAGUCAUGUUUGGUGUGAAGGGGUUGGUUAUGCAGAUCUGGAGAACAGAGUGCCUUGUGGUCCAGACACCGUGAUGAGAAUCGCCAGCAUCAGUAAACCUCUGACCGCAGCCGCCGUCGCCAGACUCUGGGAGGACGGCAAGAUAGAUCUAGAUGCUCCUGUCCAAAGAUACGUGCCAGAGUUCCCACAGAAGCAGUUUGACGGAGAGGAUGUCACAAUAACACCCCGGAUGGUCCUGUCCCACUUGAGUGGCAUCCGUCACUAUGAGAAAGAUGUCAAGAAAGUUCGAGAGGACAAAGAGAAAGCCAGGCGCCUUCUGAAGCCCCCGGAGAAGAAAGAGGAGAAGAGCUCAGACGAAAAAAAAGAGAAGCUGGAGAAAGCGGAGGACAGCAGCGCUAAAAGCAAAGAGGCUAAAGGAGGCCAAAAGAGGAAAAAAGAGUUCGAGCAGGAGGAGUAUUACCUCAAAGACAACUUUGAGAACGUCACCCAGGCUCUGGACUUAUUCAAAGACGAUCCUCUGGUUUUUAGACCUGGUUCUACGUUCCUGUAUUCGACACAUGCUUACACCCUGCUGAGUGCUGUGGUGGAGAGAGCCGCAGGUCAGCGCUUCCUCGACCACAUGAUGAAGAUGUUUCGAGAGCUGGGCAUGCUGAACACCGUACCGGACGAAAACGACCCCAUCAUAUACAACCGCUCCAGGUUCUACCACUUCAAUAAAAAGGGUCGUGUUGUGAACUGCCCCUAUGUGGACAAUUCGUACAAAUGGGCUGGAGGUGGAUUUCUGUCCACUGUGGGCGACCUUCUGGUGUUCGGUAACGCUCUGCUCUACAGCUAUCAGAUGGCCGAACUGAAGAACACAGACGGGCUGCUUCCUGGCUUCCUCAAACCCCACACGGCCAAAGCCAUAUGGGCACCGGUGGACAAAACGGAGGCGUCGUGGGAUAAAGACGGACUGUACGCCCAGGGCUGGCUGGUGGUGGAGAAACAGCAGAAAUACGGUCAGUGCCGCAGCCGCAGACAUUAUGUCUCGCACACAGGGAGCGCUGUGGGGGCCAGCAGUGUCCUGCUGGUGUUACCCAGCGAGAGCGGACACUCUCCUCCACAGGGGGUGGUGGUGACCAUCAUCACAAACAUGCAGUCAGUGGGCCUCAAUACCACCGCGCUGAAGAUCGCUCAGGAAUUCGACAAGGCCAGGGAUGAAGAACGUGUAUCCUCUUGAUUCAUAAACACACUGCUGUGAUCUUUUGUACCCAUUUUAAGAGAUUUGUGGUAAACGUCAGGACACUUUCUUUGUUCAUGUCCUCAGUUUUAAUUCAACAUUUGUGCCAAGUGCUCAUUUUGAUAGCAUUUAUACAUAUAGGAACUGUCUAAUAUGUUGAAUAAAUAAAAAUGUAUUAUGGAAACCUCUGCGAAGGACUCUUAAUCUGAUCUUUUCAUUUUCACUCAGUCUGGUGUUGUAUCACAUUUAUUAAAGUAUAAUUGAGAAGCAGUGACAGCAGUUCCCCAAAUCUGUUUUAAACGAUAUAC